AUAAUAAUUUACGGUUUCCAAUGGAAAUUUGGCGACCACUUUUUGCUCCAUUGAUGAUGUGAUUAACUAAAUUUCCCUCUCUUUACGACUGCCGAAUCUUCGUCAUGCUAGUUCCAAUUUUUACGCUCAAGUUGAGCCACAAAAUCCAUGCUCGAACUGCGGCGUUGGGAAGGUUCGAUGGUAAACAUCCUUGUUUGACAGCAGGCACAACCGCGGGAAAGGUUUUCAUCCACAAUCCCCAUAGUAGUGCAUUACAAGGAGGCCGAGCAGUUGCAAGUCAUGAUAAUGACAUCAGCAUUUUGAAUAUCAACCAACAAGUGUCUGCUGUUGCUGCUGGUCAGCUGAAUAGCUCAGGGUGUGACACUCUUCUUGUUGGGACACCCACAAACUUCCUGGCUUAUGACGUGGAAAAUAAUUCAGAUCUCUUCUAUCGGGAUAUAGCAGAUGGAGCAAAUGCAAUUGUUACAGGGAAGCUUGGAACAUUUGAGAAUCCUUUGGCAAUAGUUGGUGGAAAUUGUUCAAUUCAAGGCUUUGACUUUGAAGGAAAUGAUGAAUUCUGGACAGUGACAGGAGACAAUGUGUGCUCUUUGGCAAUGUGCGAUUUUAACGGCGAUGGACUUUUAGAGCUACUCGUUGGGUCAGAAGAUUUUGACAUCAGAGUGUUCAAAGAAGAUGAAAUUAUUGCAGAGAUGACAGAAACAGAAUCUGUAACAUCCCUUUACCCUCUCCGAGGAUCAAGAUUUGGCUACGCACUGGGAAAUGGCACUGUUGGAGUUUAUGACAAGACAGCGAGAUACUGGAGAAUAAAGUCCAAAAACCAAGCGAUCACCAUUCAUAGUUUUGAUCUUGACUCUGAUGGAGUACCAGAGCUCAUUACAGGCUGGUCCAAUGGGAAGAUUGAUGCCCGUAGUGACAGAACAGGUGAGGUCAUCUUUAAAGAUAACUUCUCUGUGGCUGUUGCUGGUAUUUUAGAAGGUGACUAUCGCAUGGAUGGCAAACUGGAAUUGAUCUGUUGUUCAGUGGAAGGAGAAGUCCGAGGAUAUCUGCCAGCAUCUGCCGACAUGAGGGGAAACUUGAUGGAUGUCAAUGUUGAGCAAGAUGCGCUGCGAGACUUAGCGCAAAGAAAACAAAACUUGCUACUGGAACUGAGAAACUAUGAGGAAAAUGCAAGGGUUGGGAAGGCUGGAGGUCAAGAGGUUGACCAGUCGCAAAUGGGUAUCAUACCAGCUAAUACCCAGUUACAGACAUCACUCUUGGUAAAUCCAGGCAGUGAACAGGUUCAGCCUCAUGUUGAACUGUCCAUCUCAACUACUAAUGAAACUAUCAUACGAACUGUUAUGAUAUUUGCUGAGGGAGUGUUUGAAGGGGAAAGCCAUGUGGUGCAUCCUCCACAACAAAGUUUAAAAUCGUCUCUUCAAGUUCCAGUGUUCCCUCCAAAAGACAUUCCAGUUGAUCUUCACAUCAAAGCUUUUGUUGGAAAUAAAUCCAGCUCCCACUUCCAUGUUUUUGAACUUACAAGACAACUUCCCAGAUUCACAUUGUAUAUUCCAUGCCCAGACGGUUAUGCGGAGCCCAAAUCUUACUGCUCCUUCCACAUCAAUGAAAGAGUGAACAGAGUAGUGAUGUGGCUGAAUCAAAACUUCCUUCUCCCUGAGGAGAUAGAAAGCAAAGACACAGAACUGGACAUUAUGUUCUUAUCUCUGAGGACUGGAAAUCCACUGGCAAUCAAAAUGGACCAAAGUGGAAAUGUGACUGUUAAGACUGAUGACAUGGAUUUAGCAGGAGACAUCAUUCAAGCCCUUGCAUCUUUCUUGGGAAUUGAGGAUCUCCAGUCCACAGCAGAAUUUCCUGAUCAAUUGGAAGAACUCCGCGAAAUUUUGCUUAAGGUAGAUGAGUUACAUGCUGUGAGACAAAAACUCACAGCGGAGAUGGCAGAUCAUUCCAACUUGAUCAGAAGUCUUGUUGUUAGAGCUGAAGAUGCCAGAUUAAUGGGAGACAUGAAAAAUAUGAGAAAAGGCUAUAUGGAACUGUAUGAUCUGAACAGAGACCUCAUUAAUGGCUACAAGAUCAGGUGCAACAAUCACACAGAACUUCUCUCCUGCUUGAAACUUGUCAAUCAGGCUAUUCAACGAGCUGGAAAGCUAAGAGUUGGCAGAGGUAAAGCUCAAGUCAUUGCCGGUUGCCGACAAGCGAUUAAGAACAACAAUGUCAAUGGCUUGUUCAAGAUUAUCAAAGCAGGAUCACUGUGAAGUCGAAACUACAUCAUGUAUUGAUAUGUAUGGGGCUGUUUUUUAAUUACUUUCAUGAACUAUUUGCAAAGCAUGACCAGUGAGUUUCGACGAAAAUAUUUCGACACAUGCAUGCUCUGUUCAGUUCAGCACGUAGAAAACAGAACGGGAGGAAGUUCUGCCUUUUUUCGAAAAUGCUGUUGUAGUAGAAACCAUUUCAUUUUGGACCGAAAGAAGCGGAGAUUUGGCGGAACCGCGAAACGAAGGACAAUGUGUCAACUGUAAAAAGAAAUUUGCAAAUGAGUGUUUGAUUCUACACUGUUGUCAUUGAAGUAGCUGCAAUGUAAGGUUGGAAAGAGAAGAGGGAAGGAAAAGUGAAGACUUAAGCAGUGCGGAACGCGCAGCGCGAUACACGAACACGAAGCGCGAGAGACAGGCUCGUGAAUCACGCGCGCUUUAGAGCUUAUCACUGAUCAUUCUUUUGUCACCCGUCUUCGUCCUUUUUCAUGGCGCGUCCACUCCCCCAUACUCGUGUAUCACUGGUCUCCACUUGGACUGAAUAGAGAUUUCUAGAUAGUGCCGUCAUCAAUUGUAAAUAUCGCCAAUGUACAAAGUGGGAUAGUUUAAUAAAUGUUUUGAACGCUAAGCAAAGAA